UUCGCAGCCAGUGCCAGCUUUUUGUUCUUUUGAUCACUCUCACGCACACACCACUUCCAGCCUCGCAUGUCCCGAGUGACAGACGCACGCUGCUUCCACCGCUCUGCAUUUCUUCUUCUUCUCCUCACUUCUCUACGCCUAGCCUUCUCUUCUCCGAUCGUGAUCCACCUCAUUUGAUCUUCUAUCACCUCCUCAGUUCUGAUCCUCCGCCGCUUUUUCCAGAAUUUUCUUAUUCAAGGUAAUCCUAAUUUUCACCGCCAAGACUGCUUUUUUUGAUCCCAAUUCCCAACCAUUUGUCGAAGACAAGCGAAUUUGGUAUAUCUGGUUGUUGUUCGCUCAAUCGCAAAUGGCAUCGAGCACGAUCCGUAAGGCGAUUGGCGUUGUGAAAGACCAGACUAGCAUUAGCAUAGCAAAAGUCGCUGGGAAUUUAGCUCCUGACCUUGAAGUCUUGGUAGUCAAAGCCACGAGCCAUGAGGAAGUCCCAGCUGAUGAUAAAUAUAUUAGAGAGAUUUUGAAUCUUACUUCGUAUUCCAGGGGUUACGUUACUGCUUGCGUGAUCACUAUAUCGAAGAGGCUCGGAAAGACGCGCGAUUGGAUCGUGGCUCUCAAGGCUCUAAUGCUUGUUCAUAGGCUUUUGGCUGAUGGGCAUCCUUUGUUUGAAGAGGAGAUUGUGUAUUCCACUCGGAGAGGCAUGAGGAUUUUGAAUAUGUCUGAUUUCCGAGACGAAGCGCAUUCCCAUUCUUGGGAUCACGCGGGUUUCGUGAGGCUGUAUGCCAUGUAUCUUGAUGAGAAGGUUGAGUUUGUGGUGUAUCAGAAGAAUCUGAAAGGCGUUGAAUCAGCUGAAGGUAAAUUUGCGGAGAGGGAUGAUAGCUGGGGGCCAUCUCGACGUGGGUAUGGUGAAUACAAGGAUGAUUUUAAUCCUGGAAUGGGUAGGAGGACGAGGUCAUAUGAUGACGUGAAUGAAGCAAUUGAGAAAGAUCAGAUCAAGAGUGUGAUAACUCCUGUGAGAGAAAUGAAACCUGAGAGAAUUUUGGACAGAUUGACCCAUUUGCUUCGGAUUCUUGAUCGUGUAUUGGGUUGUAGGCCAAGUGGUGCUGCGAAGAGUAGCAGGCUAAUUCUCGUCGCUGUUCACCAGAUUGUAAGGGAAAGCUUCAAGCUAUACGUAGAGAUAUGUGAGGUAUUGGGUGUGUUGCUGGAUCGAUUCACAGAGAUGGAAUAUGCAUAUUGCGUAAAGGCCUUUGAUUGUUAUGUCAGUGCGGCGAAGAUGAUUGAUGAACUUGUGGAUUUCUAUAAUUGGUGUAAAGAUAUAGGCAUUGCGAGGUCAUCAGAGUACCCUGAAGUUCAGAGGAUAACUGAUAAGCUUCUUGGAACACUUGAAGGUUUUCUGAAGGAAAUGACUAAAAGGCCAAAAAGUCCUGAGAAGAAAAUAGAAGUGAAGGAAGCUGUCAAAGAACCAGAAACAGACAUAAAUGAGGUGAAGGCUCUUCCUGCGCCGGAGAAUUUUACACCUCCACCCACUCUGGCAAACCAACCUAAGACUCCUCCUCCUCCUCAACAAGUGACAAAUGAUUUAGUGGAUCUAAGGGAUGAAGGCAAUUCAGCUGAUGAACAAGGCAAUAGACUAGCUCUGGCAUUGUUCUCUGGAGCCCCAACUGUAAAGACAGAAGGUUCCUGGGAAGCAUUUCCUUCAGAUAAUGGAGGAUCUGAAGUGACUUCAGCAUGGCAAACACCGGCAGCCGAACUGGGCAAAGCAGAUUGGGAAUUGGCACUAGUAGAAUCCAGUAGCAAUUUGUCCAGGCAAAAGGCAGAUUUAGCAGGAGGUUUUGAUUCACUAAUACUGAAUGGCAUGUAUGAUCAAGGUGCCGUGAGGCAACAUGCAAGCACAUCUCAAAUAAGUGGUGGGAGUGCAAGCAGUGUGGCACUCCCUGGCAAGAGUGCCACCCCAGUGCUGGCUCUGCCGGCACCGGAUGGCACAGUUCAGGUGGUGGGGCCACAGGACCCAUUUGCGGCAUCCCUUUCUGUGCCACCACCUUCUUAUGUCCAAAUGGCAGAAAUGGGGAGAAAACAGCAGAUGCUUGUGCAGGAACAGCAGAUAUGGCAGCGAUAUGGGAUGAAUGGAAUGCAAGGCCAAGUGGGUUUGGCCAAGAUUGCUGCUUCUGGUGCUCAACCAAUGAUGAUGCCUCAGCCUUAUGGAAUGCCUCAAUACAGUGCCAUGGGGCAACCAGGAGGGUACUAUUAUGCACCAUUUUGAUUUUCCAUGGUGCAACACUCUGUUUUUCAAGGGCUGUUUUUUUGCUGGACAAGGUAAAAACAAAAACAAAAAGGCCGAAGUUGUUUACUUUUCUCACUCUGAUUUUGUCCAUGUCGAUUUAUUUGACAGGUCCUUUUUUCAGACUUUGUGAGAGCUAUAUAUAUAUAUAUAUAUAUAUAUAAAGGAAUCCAUGUGAUGGGCUUUUCUUUGUGCCUAGUAUUUUUGACACAAUUGUAUCUAUCCUCAUCUCACUUUGCUUUGAAAAUACGGUGAACACUGAGUGGAUAGAUUCUGAUAUGAUACUGGCAAAUCUCAAAACAAAUCAAAUGCAUUACGGGAGUCGGUCUCUUCGUUUGUAAGGAAUGACAACUCAUUUUAUAGAGCUGAACAAAAGUUGCUGUAGA